AGUACGGUGGAGGUCCAAUGUUCACUAUGCGGAAGAAGAGCACGUAGGCCUGUCCUGUUUACACUAGAGUUGUGUAAUUUACUUUUUGCGAUGGAUGUUCAAUUUACCAAAGAUAACAUAGCUGUCUUAACUAUGAACAAUGGGCAGAACAGAAUAGACUACAGCUUCGUUGAACGAUUCAAUCAAAUGCUUGAUCAAGUAGAAAGGAAUUCUGACUGCAUAGCUUUGGUUACGACGGGACGUGGGAAGUUUUUCAGUAAUGGACUUGAUCUGGAAUGGGCGAUAUCAGCAUAUGAAAACUUUAACUCUUUCGUCAGUCUCUUGAAGCGCAUUAUAACACUCCCGCUUCCAACAAUAGCAGCAAUAAACGGACACGCGUUCGCCGGGGGAGCAUUCAUUGCGUUGUGUCACGACUUGAGAGUCAUGCAGUCAGACAAGGGCUGGAUGAGCUGGAACGAAAUUCAUAUUAAAGCCACAUUUACAGAGCCACUGUACAAGUUGUUACAAGUAAAGAUUGCACCAGGGCCCGUACAAACCCAAGCCAUCUUGUUUGGAAAGCGUUUUACGGCGCAAGAAGCCAUGUCAGCGCAGCUUGUUGAUGACGUCACCACUAUGACGAAUUUGAUGGACGAUUCUCUUCGUCUGGCACGAAAAACUGCGGGCAUUGGCGGAUUUGACCGAUUUACUCUUAGUGCAUUGAAAAAUGAUAUAUACAAAGAUUUCACUACCUGUGUUUUGGGGAAGAUUAGGUCAAUGUUAUAGAAGUGUUCUUGCAUUUCAAAAAGACUUGUUUGAUUUUUAUUUCUGACAAAUAAAUUAUUGAUGGGUACAAAA